UCUAGAACUGAAAAAGGCCCUCGGUGCCAGCAACGUGUCCUGCACUCUGGAUGACUGUUCAGAGGCUCCAUGGGACCAGGCAGGAGCAGAAAAGUCAUCUGUCCACUGGAGUUUGGCAGCUUCUCCACAUCACAAGCCUUCCAGCUGCUUCCGGAGGAGGUUCCGAGAGGGAUUUCCCCAGUGGUUUUCUCAGUUCAGCUUUCAGAGGGGAACAUGCACACUCCAUGGUUUCCUCCUAUUUUGCCAUAGAAUUUUCAUCUUCCCCCAGUAGAAUGAGAUUUUUCUCAUCUUUCCUGAAAGCUCCUUGCACAAUGAGGACACCCUAUCUGUACCUUGAAUUUUACUCAGUAUUGAGCCUCCCCCAACCACUCAUGUUAUUAAAUACACAUCUGAGCAUCAUUCUUAAAACUUAAUUUUUAAGAAUGACACAAAAACAAUUCGAAAAUACAUUUGAUUCUUGGAAAACAACUCCCUUGUGGGAUUUCUAUGGAACUGUCCACCUUCCCUGCGGAUCAUACGCUCAGCAUGUUCCAUCUUCACACCAAACCUGAGGGAUCCUUAUGAUCCCAUUUUACAGAUGGACAAACUGAGGCUCACAAAGGGAGCCCACGUGGGGUCUGGAUUUGAAGCCGGGUUUGGGGACGCCAGGGCCCAUGCACUUAGUACCCAACAACUCCUGGGGAUAACUCAGGGAGGUCCACAACCAGGAUGGUAAAACCCAUGUUACAGACUUAGAUCCUAUGAAUCCCAAACCAGAUCCUAACCAUCCAGGUCCGCCUCGUGUCACAGCCGAGGUCUUCAUAUACAAAUUUAGUUAGAUGGCAAAGCAGAUGAGGCUCCCGGUGGGAGAGGUAGAGGUCCGCGUGUAGUUGGAGGGAGCAGGGGGCGGGGCGUCCCUGGCCCGCCUGUAGACUGACGUCACUCCGGGCUGCGGCUGCUGAGGGUAGACUGCACUUUGUGUCUUUAAGACCUUUGGGAGGCGGGCCCUGACUGCCGACUCAAGCCAGGACCUCCCCUCCCCUUUAAGGCGCGCGGCAGGGGCGGGGCGGGGCCCCGACGGCCCCUUUAAGGCGCGGUCCGCGUCGGCCGGCAGAAAAGCAGUUUAAAGGCGACGCGUGGCGCGAUGGCGGCGGCCCCACGCGUGUGCCGGCGACACCGGCAGCCGCUCCUGGCGCUGCUGCUCCUGCUGCUGUUGGCGCUAUCACCUCCGGGGGGUCCGCCGGGCGCCGCCGCCUACUUCCCAGAGGAGCGCUGGAGCCCGGAGUCGCCGCUGCAGGCGCCGCGUGUGCUCAUCGCGCUGCUGGCGCGCAACGCGGCCCACGCGUUGCCCUCCACGCUGGGGGCUCUGGAGCGGCUGCGGCACCCGCGGGAGCGCACGGCGCUGUGGGUAGCCACAGACCACAACUCCGACAACACGUCAGCCGUGCUUCGGGAAUGGUUGGUGGCCGUGAAAAGUUUGUACCACUCUGUAGAGUGGCGGCCAGCAGAGGAGCCCAGGUCCUACCCAGACGAGGAGGGCCCCAAACACUGGUCUGACUCACGCUAUGAGCAUGUCAUGAAGUUGCGCCAGGCAGCCCUGAAAUCAGCCCGGGACAUGUGGGCUGACUACAUCCUGUUUGUAGAUGCAGACAACCUGAUCCUCAACCCUGACACGCUGAGCCUGCUCAUUGCUGAGAACAAGACGGUGGUGGCCCCCAUGCUGGAUUCCCGGGCCGCGUACUCCAACUUCUGGUGUGGGAUGACUUCCCAGGGCUACUACAAGCGCACGCCUGCCUACAUCCCCAUCCGCAAGCGGGACCGCCAGGGCUGCUUUGCAGUCCCCAUGGUGCACUCGACCUUCCUGAUCGACCUGCGGAAGGCGGCAUCCAGGAACUUGGCGUUCUACCCUCCCCACCCUGACUACACCUGGUCCUUCGAUGACAUCAUUGUUUUUGCCUUCUCCUGCAAGCAGGCAGAAGUCCAGAUGUAUGUCUGCAACAAGGAGGUAUACGGCUUCCUGCCGGUGCCACUGCGGUCACACAGCAGCCUCCAGGACGAGGCUGAGAGCUUCAUGCACGUGCAGCUGGAGGUCAUGGUGAAACACCCGCCAGCGGAGCCCUCGCAGUUUAUCUCGGUCCCCACGAAGAAGCCAGACAAGAUGGGCUUUGAUGAGGUCUUCAUGAUCAAUCUGAAGCGGCGCCAGGACCGGCGGGAUCGCAUGCUGCGGGCGCUGCAGGAGCAGGAGAUAGAGUCCCGGCUGGUGGAGGCUGUGGACGGCAAAGCCAUGAACACGAGCCAGGUGGAGGCGCUGGGCAUCCAGAUGCUGCCUGGCUACCGGGACCCCUACCAUGGAAGGCCCCUCACCAAGGGCGAACUGGGCUGCUUCCUCAGCCACUAUAACAUCUGGAAGGAGGUUGUGGACCGUGGGCUGCAGAAAUCACUCGUAUUUGAGGACGACCUGCGCUUUGAGAUUUUCUUCAAGAGGCGCCUGAUGAACCUUAUGCGGGAUGUGGAGCGGGAGGGCCUGGACUGGGACCUCAUCUAUGUGGGCCGGAAGCGGAUGCAGGUGGAGCACCCGGAGAAGGCUGUGCCCCGUGUGAGGAAUCUGGUGGAGGCCGACUACUCCUACUGGACGCUGGCCUACGUGAUCUCCCUGCAAGGCGCCCGCAAGCUGCUGGCCGCCCGGCCGCUCUCCAAGAUGCUGCCCGUGGAUGAGUUCUUGCCGGUCAUGUUUGACAAGCACCCAGUGUCGGAGUACAAGGCCCACUUCUCACCCCGAAACCUGCGCGCCUUCUCCGUGGAGCCCCUGCUCAUCUACCCGACGCACUACACAGGGGACGACGGGUACGUCAGCGACACAGAGACCUCGGUCGUGUGGAACAACGAGCACGUCAAGACCGACUGGGACCGGGCCAAAUCCCAGAAGAUGCGGGAGCAGCAGGCCUUGAGCCGCGAGGCCAAGAACUCAGACGUGCUUCAGUCCCCACUGGACAGCGCUGCCCGGGACGAGCUCUGAAAGCUCUGAAGGGCGGUGGCUGCGAAGCCAAAGUAGCCGUUUCUGGCCUGGCUCCCACUCGCUCACCCACUGGGCACAGCAUUGGGGUCGGGGGGGCCUGGGCCCCUGGCAGUCCAAGGAGGGCUCCCCACACAGCGGCGUUCAGCCAGCUCUUGCUCAGCCAUCACGUGCACACAGGCAGCAUUAACAGAGUGCCUACUGCAUGCCAGGAACAGGUGGAUUGGGUGGGAACAGUUCAUCUCUCUGUGGGCCCCGAGAGAUGCAUUAACCGGGUACCAGGUUCCUGUGUUACGGCAGUGAGUGAGGUACAGUUAUUCCCUCCAUCAAUGAUGGAUCCAAUCAAGCAUUAUCAAUUCCCCCGUCAAGAAUCAGGCACUAGGGAGUUCCCAUCGUGGCUCACUGGUUAACAAAUCCGACUAGGAACCAUGAGGUUGCCGGUUCAAUCCCUGGCCUCGCUCAGUGGCUCGGAUCCCGCGUUGCCGUGGGUGUGGUGUAGGCCGGCAGCAACAGCUCCGAUUAGACCCCUAGCCUGGGAACUUCCACAUGCCACGGGUGUAGCCCUAGAAAAGAAAAAAAGACCAAAAAAAAAAAAAAAGAAUCAGGCGCUAGUGAAACACUCACUGUUUGAAUUCAUUCAAGUAUUUAUUGAGUGCCUACUGUGUGCUGAGCACCAUUCCAUGCUCUGGGAAUAGUGAGAUAAACUAUCAUUUAUUCAAACACAAAGAGCACCUACUGCGUGCCUGGUACUUGCCACACGAAUGUUCUUAUUGUCUUGGUGCGUUUAUUGAGUGCCUGCUGUGUGCCGGGAGCUGAGCCUGGUGCUGGGGCCGAAGAUGAACAAGGUGCUUUUCACUCUUUAAUUGGUUUCUUCCCCACACAUCUGAAGAGUUGUUCAGUCAGCAUUUGAUCACCCACAGAGAUGAACAAGAUGAGUCCUUUCAUUUCUUCAUGCAGCAAGCAUGUAUUGAGUGCCUACUGUGUGCCUGACCUCAUGGACUCCUAGUGGGGUUGACUGAGUUGGAUCCCCCCCCCAUCACCCAGGCUGUGUGCAGACAUCUCUUGCCACUGCCUGGGAGCAGGGGUGUCUCUUCCCUCACCAGAGGCAGCCACAGGUUCCAGUGACCACAUGUCCUCACGUGAGUCCUCCUAGACCCAGCCCCCCUGGAGGGGGCGAGGGGCGAAGCUGGGGGCGGGGUCUCCCAUGCCCACCCCUGGUCUCGGUUGCUUGACCGCCCUGCCCUGCAUCUCAGGUGUGGUCUCUGCCUGCUUGAUGGCGUUCCUCUGUCCAAGCCUUUGGUGGGAUCACGUAUGUGGGGGCUUAUUCUGGCUCAGCUGCACUGGGGUGCCACCCACAACCUGGGCAGGACGUGCCCCAACACAGGCUGGAGGACUCGCUGCACCUUCAGCCUGAAACGAAUGUCAGAGCCGGCCAGCAGUGCCCCAUUCUGGCAGGGAUGACUGCUGUCCAGCUCGGCUCCUGGAUAACUUGCUUAUUUUUGUAUUAAAAGUUCCUGGUUGGUUUUCAUGUA